AGAAGGCUUAACCGUCACUAACAAUGCACUCCACUGACUUUUAUGUUUUUUCUCAAGUGCUAGAGUGUAUGAGAACAUGGCGAUGGCUCUCUCAAACUCAGUCCCGUCAGCUUGCAUUAUCUGUCUCAGUGCUUCUAAUCAAUUCGAUCCCCCAUCUUCACCUUUCAAGUCUCUCAAGCCCCCUCUCUUCUGGCCAUGGCAAAAGGUGAAAAUGGGUCCUUUGACUGUUUCUCCAAUGGGGUUUGGGACGUGGGCAUGGGGAAACCAGCUUCUCUGGGGUUACCAACCUUCAAUGGAUUCUCAACUUCAACAGGUUUUUAAUCUUGCCGUGGAGAAUGGCAUCAAUCUUUUUGACACCGCCGAUUCUUAUGGGACUGGCAGACUCAACGGACAGAGUGAAAAGCUUUUAGGGAAGUUCAUUAGAGGAUUUCAAGGGGAAAAACGGAUACGAGAUGAGAUUGUGAUUGCCACAAAGUUUGCAGCUUACCCAUGGCGUCUAACAUCAGGGCAAUUUGUUCAAGCUUGCAGGGCCUCUCGGGAUCGAAUGCAGAUUGAACAAAUCGGAAUAGGACAAUUACACUGGUCUACUGCAAACUAUGCUCCCCCACAAGAGUUGGCACUUUGGAAUGGUUUAGUGGCAAUGUAUGAGAAGGGCUUAGUUAAAGCUGUUGGAGUUAGCAAUUAUGGACCCAAACAGCUCGUAAAGAUUCAUGAUUACCUUAAAGCCCGAGGAGUCCCACUCUGCUCAGCUCAGGUACAAUUCUCUCUACUAAGCAUUGGGGAAGAUCAGAUGGAGAUUAAGAAUAUUUGUGACUCUCUUGAUAUCCGCUUGAUUUCUUAUAGUCCUCUAGGACUUGGAAUGCUUACUGGGAAAUAUACACCUUCCCGACUUCCACAAGGGCCCAGGGGCCUUCUAUUUAAGCAAAUUCUUCCAGGGCUGAAGCCCUUGCUUGUUUCCUUACGAGAAAUUGCAGAAAAACGGUGCAAAACCAUACCACAGGUAGCAAUAAACUGGUGCAUCAGUAAAGGUACCAUUCCAAUACCUGGAGUCAAAACAGUGAAACAAGCAGAGGAAAAUCUGGGUGCUCUGGGAUGGCGCCUAAGUUCAAGUGAGUUGCUUCAGUUAGAUUAUGCAGCUCAGGAAUCACCACAAAGAAUGAUCCAAAACAUUUUCCAGACAAAGUAAAACAGGUUAGAAUCGCAACAUUUUCACUUGGAUAUCAUAUGGAAUUUUGAUCCAAUGACAAAGCGUUCUUGAGGAAACAGAACGAUUAUGGGGGCACAAACUAAAGAAAUCAGAGAUCGUGGGGGCAGAAUUCUAUCAACUAAAAGAGCCUGGGGAUUCCUUAAGUCCGGCAUAUGCUAACAGAGAGAAAAAAAAGGGAGGGUUGGAGCAAUAUGUAGCCAAAUUUGAAGCUGACAUACAAGAAAUGUCAUAAAGUAUAUCAAGUUCAUUAUACCAUUAUGAGCAUUCAUGAUCUUAUCCAACAAAAUCUUGCCAAUACAAAUACAUGGCAUUAACCUUUCAUAAGGCAUUUGAUAAAUUAAUUCAUCCGAUGGCAAUAUUCAUUUCCAUUUCCA